GGAAGUGGGCGGGGCGAGAAGAGGAACCGCCCCUCGACUGCGCCGCCAUGCAGGAGGGCGUGCGGCUGCGCGCGGGUGCCUCCAAGGGGGACAUCCGGGAGAAGGUGUGGGAUUACCUGGAGGCCAGCGGCCUGGCUGAGUUCCCCCGGCCCGUGCAUCACCGCAUCCCUAAUUUCAAGGGGUCUCAUCAGGCUUGCUGCUCUGUUAAAGAGCUUGAUGUGUUCAACAGAGCAAGUGAGAUCAAAGUGGACCCAGACAAACCUUUGGAAGGUGUUCGGCUAGCUGCGCUGCAGGCAAGGAAAACUCUGUUGGUUCCAACACCCCGUCUGAGGAGUGGGCUGUUCAAUAAGAUUGUUCCACCUCCAGGUGCAGCUAAGGAGACACUGCGGAUAUGUGCUACAUCUCAGGGCAUAAAAGAGUACAGUGUGCCUGUAGGUCUUGAUGGGAAAGCACGAGUGGACUUGGUUGUUGUAGGAUCAGUGGCUGUCUCUGAAAAAGGUUGGAGAAUUGGAAAAGGAGAAGGUUAUGCAGACAUGGAAUAUGCAAUGAUGGUGUCAAUGGGAGCAGUGACAGAGGACACACCUGUAAUUACUAUCGUGCAUGACUGCCAGGUAGUUGACAUAGCAGAAGAGCUCCUUGGUGACCAUGAUUUAACUGUGGAUUAUAUACUCACACCAACAAGAACUAUCAAGACUAAUUGCAAACGACCAAAACCACGUGGAAUACUAUGGCAUAAGGUCAGCUAUGAGAUGCUGGGAAAAAUCCCCAUCCUUAAGAGUCUUCGGUACAAAGAGAAGCAGGCAGGCAAGGAUGUUACCCUCCAAGAUGAGCAGCCAGACUUGGCAAACGCCAGCAAGUCAGCAGCGUUAAAUGAGAAGGCAAUGGCUGGAAAAACAAGACCACAGGCUUCAAUGGGCUCAGCUCAAACAGGACAACAGUAUGUUGAAAGUGAUUCUUUAAGUCCCAGAUUAGAGGGAUCUGGCACGAUUACUACUGUGUAUGUGGGGAACAUACCUCCCAACCUAAGAGUGAGCGAGCUGAAAUGUGCUUUAAGGGAAUUCCAUGCAGCUCCUUUACGAGUGAAUUGGCAGGGAGCACAGCACAGGGCUUUUCUCGAUUACAAGGAUAAAGCAACCGCAGAGAGUGCUGUAUCCUCUUUGAAAGGCUUGAGCCUCGGGGGUAAUACUUUGCGAGUUGAGCUGGCCAAGAAUCAGAGAAACAAAGGGCAAGUAGAAAUCAAUAGUCAGAAAUGAAUAUGAAUAGAGGAAAGAGAAAAAAAACAAAGGCGUGUUUUUAUUGUUUUGCAAGAAGCAGACCUAAGUUUUCAAGGUUAUUAGUAUAUGCUGUGGUCUCCACAGGCUAGACAACAAAAGGCAAAGCCAUAUAUUUGAAUAAAGCAGGCAUACAUCUCAUAGAUGACUUGCCCACCUCAUUCCUGCAGUUGUAUGUGCAAAGUGUAUUUGUCAAGAUAGAUGACAGAGGAGCCUUUUCUCUAAAUGGUUAUCCACAAAGUAACCACGCUCUGUGUAUUUGUUUUUCAUUGGCCUUGGGGUGAUUUGCUUUUCAGUGUACAUCUGUUAGGCCUGGAUCAAAAACUUGCCCUUUGGUAGCUGCGUGCAGCCACAUGGAGGGAGGUGGUUGUGUUCUGUCAUCUGCAGAUUGUACCUGCGGAUUUGUACUUGUGAGCUUUAAAGCCAGCUGCAAAAAAUCUGUCUUAGGGUUUGCGCUUAUGUUUACUAAGAAACAGGGCUUGCCUCUUGGGAAUUUUCAGUAUAUUUUUCAUUAAAAUGAAGAAGGAGGGCUUGGCCUUUUUGUGCUCUUUAAGAACUGCUGUAAAAACACUGCCUCAGCCCCUGAGUUCUAGUUGUAGCUAUUAGGAUCAGAUGGAUGAGCAGGUAACUUCCAACUCAGGUUUGAUCUGUUAAUUCAACCCUGUGUAAAAACAUCAGUCUGGGAGAGGAAAGCAGAUACCAGCUUUCUCCCUAAGCACUUCAGGUGCCUUUUUCAUGGAUGAUGUAGAUGAUUAUAAAACAGAUGUUUUUCCUGAUUGUCUUGUUUCUUAUAACAUGGUGUGAUUCCAUUACCUCUGUGAAAUUACAUUAAUUAGAUAAUCAUUCUAGUGGAAAUAAAAAGCAGCCAAAAGAUGGUCAAAACCUGUUGGCUUUUAU